GAGGUGAAAUUUUGCUUUAUCUUCUGAUGUCUAAAUGUUCUUCGCAUUAUCAAAUAUAAGUAAAAAGAAAAUUAAAUUUAUUGAAUAAAAUAUAUAUUUGAGUCAUAAAUAGUCUAGAUACAUGUUUUAUUCGAUAAAUCUUUAACUUUUUUUCUUAUAUUUAAAAUCUUAUGGGAAAUACUAUCUCCGAUCUUUUUUAUAAAAGACGAAUCAAUUUUUAAAUUAUUAAAAAACUGAUUUUUUUUUUUUUUAGAAAUGUGUUAGGAUUUUAUAUAUAUCCCAAAUAAUUACACAUUAAUGAAAGGUAUCUAGUUUAUAUUAUAGAUCAAAUACAUAAAUUAUUGUUUUUUGAUAAAAAAAAAAAUGAAUUAUCUUAUAAAAAGGAAGUGAGGUAUUAAAAAUUUGCACUCUUGUGUUUCCUUUCCUUUCUCUAUAUAGCAUAACAUCCUAUUGAGCAGCAGCUUGUAUCUCUUCUUGUUGUAAAUAUGGAGCAACAAAAAGAAAAGAGAGAAGAAAGUGAACAAGAGAAAUGGGUUUAUGAUGGUUCUGUGGAUUCUAAAGGCAGAGUUCCUCUUCGUUCUUCAACUGGUGUAUGGAUAGCUUCUCUCUUUGUCCUUGCAAUUGAAUUUAGUGAAAGAGUAAGCUACUUUGGGAUAGCUGCAAAUCUGAUCUCAUACCUUACUAAGGUGAUGAAUGAAGACCUUAAAACUGCAGCAAAAAAUGUAAACUAUUGGGCUGGAACAACAACCUUGAUGCCUCUAAUUGGUGGAUUUUUAGCUGAUGCUUACACUGGUCGAUUUCCUAUGGUUCUAUUUUCUUCCCUUGUCUAUCUCAUGGGGUUAUGCCUAUUGACAAUGUCACAAUACAUCCCAAGUUUAAAGCCAUGCAACACAAAGACAUGUCUUCAGCCAAGAAAACUUCAUGAAGUUGCAUUCUUCCUUGCCCUUUACUGUAUCUCCUUAGGCACUGGAGGAUUCAAACCAUGCUUGGAAAGCUUUGGAGCUGAUCAAUUCGAUGAAGAUAAUGUCGAAGAAAGGAAGAAGAAGUUGUCUUUCUUCAACUGGUGGAACUUUGCAUUGUGUUUUGCAUUGCUGCUUGGUGCAACUGUGAUUGUUUAUGUUCAAGAUGUUUGUGGCUGGGGAGCUGCUAGUCUUAUUCUCACAAUUCUUAUGGCUUUAUGCAUCAUAGCUUUUUAUGUUGGGAAGUCAUUUUAUAGGUAUAGAAGGCCAGAAGGAAAUACUUUAAAACCAAUUUUACAGGUACUAACUGCAGCUAUAAGGAAAAGAAAAUUAUCUUGUCCCUCGAAUCCUGCUUUAUUGUAUGAAGUUCCAAUGUCAGAUACCACAGGAAGGCUUCUAUGCAAUACUAAGAACUUAAGGUUUCUAGACAAAGCUGCAAUAAUAGAAGACAAACAUGUUGGUGAAAAACACAGCCCAUGGAGAUUAGCAACAGUGACAAGAGUGGAAGAAACAAAGCUUAUUCUGAACAUAAUUCCGAUAUGGCUAACAUCAUUAUCAACAGGAAUAUGUGUAGCACAAGCCUCCACACUCUUUGUAAAACAAGCUGCUGCUAUGAACUUGAAGCUAAGUAACAGGUUCACAAUCCCACCAGCUUCUAUUGCCUCUGCAGCAGCUAUUGGAACCUUAAUAUUCAUUCCUAUAUAUGAUAUGAUUAUCGUUCCAAUUAUGCGAAAAUUAACUGGCAGUGAAAGAGGAAUCAGCAUACUUAGGAGAAUUUCCAUUGGCUAUACAUUUUCAGUCAUAGUUAUGAUUGUUUCAGCUCUAGUAGAAGCUAAGAGACUUAAAAUGCAUGAACAAGAAAUUCUGAGAAGAGGAGAAACAGAAGAAAAAUUAAUGAGUGUGUUUUGGUUAGUACCUCAAUACUUGAUUCUUGGCUUUGGUGAUUCAUUUUCUCUAGUUGGUUUACAGGAAUAUUUCUAUGACCAAGUUCCUGAUUCAAUGCGAAGCGUAGGAAUGGCAUUAUAUCUUAGUGUGAUUGGAGUUGGAAGUUUCUUAAGUAGUUUCUUAAUCUACAUUGUGGAUCAUGUCACUGAAAAGAAUGGUAAAAGUUGGAUUGGAAAGGAUAUAAAUUCAAGUCGUUUGGAUCGGUUUUAUUGGAUGUUGGCGGUUAUUAAUGGUUUGAAUUUAUGUGCAUAUCUUUACUUAGCAAAGAGGUAUGCUUACAAGAGUGUAAAGAGGACAGGUAAUGAAAUUGAUGGUUGUAAUAGAGAUGGUGUAGAGAUGAUGAUGAUGGCAUGAUGAGAAUUGAGAGCAGCUACGAUGUUUGUAUUGUAUCUCAGAUUAAUAUUUCUCUGCUAAAUCAAAUGUUUGACAUCAAGUAUAAUAUUUAUAAUUAAUUUUAUUAGUUUAGUUGUUUCUCUAA